GUACCCGUCCAUGGCAUUUUGACGCAAAGCGUGAAGAGGAAGCGAAGCCACACACGCACGCUCACACUGAAUCGAUCCAAUAGCGAGAGAAUCUAGGAAUCGUCGAAUCCGACCCAGAGGGAGUGCGAAGGGAAAUGGCAUUGUGCGGGGAUGAUGCGGUGGUGCUGGGGUUGAAGAAGGGAUGCUCCGGAGCUUGGGAGAGCGAAGCGAGGGAUGGGGCGGAGCAGGGGUUGGCCGGGUUCGGGCUCGUGAAGUGCACGCGCGGCCUCGGGAGGAAGAGGGUCGGGAUUUCGGAGGGCCCCGAGGCGGCGGCGGCGGCCUGGCGGGCCGAGGACGCCGAGUUCAGAGCUCCGCUGAAGAGGCAGUGCAGCGCGAGGCUGCUGCUCGACGGCUCGGAGGAGAAGGCCGGCCUCGAGGCCUUGCCGCAGGACAUUCUGAUUCGGAUACUCUGUCGCGUCGAGCACGGCGAUUUGAAGCAGCUAGUUCGAGUGUCCAAGACAAUCAAAGAAGCUACUGUUGUGGCGAAGCAGUGGCAUUUCGCGUACAAGACGCCCACGAAGAUCCGGGCGUUCAGGAACUCGAUUGAUUUGCAGAACCCGAGUGACUGCGAGGAGAUUGAAGCUCCAAAUGCCCCGUUGAGGACCUUCAGGUCACGGAUUAGCCGGAAGAAGCUGGCAGAUGUUACGGCAGUGCUGUUCGCCUCGCCCGAUGAAGGGCAGUGGACCAGGAGAGGAGGUUUGUUCAUGGAAACUUGAGAUAUGAACUGAAGCAGCUUAGUGCUCCGGAUCCGGGUUCUGUAGAGUGUAGAUAAGUUUCUUGUUGUAGAUUGGUUGACACGGAUCAGGCAAGGAGAGAGAGAUAGAGAGGGAUGAUGAAUAGGGUUAUGAUGUACAUGUAGAAAGAAUCAUUGAGCCACGGUUUCUUCAAAUGUUUCAUUGAAGAAUGUAUUGGCUUCAGAAGUUUAUUUUUCUUGUGUGUACAUUGUAAAGAGAGAGAUUUUUAGGCGAUUCCGGAGUUGUUUGAAGGGCUAUCCUGUGGCCCUUCCCAUGCUGAUAAAAACCAUUAGAGAAGAGGAGUGUACGGUGAAUUCUGCAUACUCUCCUUGUUCUGUGUAAUAAAACUCAGAAAUGAUAUAUUUGCUUCUGUUCUGUUC